UUCAGAUGAGCUGGAGACAGCAGAGCUGAGAGAUCGGAGCCUGGGCUGAGCUAAAGGAUUAUAUCUCCACACAGAGGGGACUUCUGUUUCCAUGACACAGGAAAACAACCCCUUGGAGUAAAUGUUUUUUAGGGGGGAACAUCCCUUGAAGACUCUUCGUCCCUCUGCACAGAAGUUGCAACCAGAAAUGAAUGAGACCUCUGGACCUUGGCUGUGCAUUGCAUAUGUUGUAUAGCAGCACAGUGAUGCUAGUUGGCAGAAGGGGACUUUGAUCUUGAUUGGCAACCCUUGCUGUGCAUACCUAUAUUUAUUUAUUUUUAACCACCUGCCAUGGCCAAGCAUGCCCAAGGAGGGUCUGCGGAGGAGCUCAACAUGAUCUCGGAUGAGGAGCUGCUGAGGUGGAGCAAGGAGGACCUCAUCAAGAAGCUGAGGAAAGUGGAGACCGAGAAGAUGAACUUGAUGGUGGAGCAUGGCAAUCUGAUGAAGGAUGUGAACAGGAGGCUGCAGCUUCACCUGCAUGAGAUCAGGGGCUUGAAGGAGGUCAACCAGAAACUUCAGGAUGACAACCAGGAGCUCAGGGAACUCUGCUGCUUCCUGGACGACGACAGGCAGAAGGGCAAGAAGCUGUCCAGGGAAUGGCAGAGGUUUGGCCGGCACACGGCUAGUGUAAUAUGGAAGGAGGUGGGAGCUUAUCAGCAGAAGCUAAAGGAGCUAGAGGCCAAGCAGGAGGCUCUCCUGAGGGACAACCUGGAGCUGAAGGAGAUAGUCCUCAUGCUGGACGAGGAAAGGAAUGGAGCUGGUUCCAGGAGUUCAAUCGACAGCCAGACCAGCCUCACCAACCUCAACGGGGGUUCUAGUACCAGGGAUGUAGGCGAUGGCAGCAGCACCUCCAGCACAGGCAGCGCAGGGAGCCCUGACCACCACCACCACCACCAUCACCAUAAACCGGUGGAGAACACCAAGUCUGGGACCAUCAGGAGAUCUGCAGAUGACCUUUCCACCAUAUCCCACCACAGGAGUAUUCCUAAUGGACUGAAUGAUCCAUCUUCCACUUACAUCCGACAGCUGGAGACCAAAGUGAAGCUCCUGGAAGAUGACAAUAAACUCCUGUCACAGCAUUCCAGCCACAGCGACUUGAGGAGUUUACGGAAAGGCUUAUCGCCGUACCACUCGGAAUCCCAGCUGUCAUCGCUCUCCCCGUACCAGGAGAAUGUGAGUAAUGGUCCAGCGCGGGUAACGUCAGAUCCCUCAGCCACUCCCACGACCGGUUACAGCUCCGUGGUCCAGAAACCAGAAGCGGUAGUUCAUGCGAUGAAGGUGCUAGAAGUGCAUGAAAAUUUGGACAGGCAGGCACCAGACAGCUAUGAGGAGGACCUCAGCGAGAAGGAGAAGGCGAUCGUGCGAGAAAUGUGCAACGUGGUAUGGAGAAAACUGGGAGAUGCCGCCAAUUCCAAACCUUCAAUCAGGCAACAUCUGUCCGGGAACCAGUUCAAAGGACCUUUGUAGAACAAAAUAUCGGGUUCUCUUCCCUUGGUGGAAGUUUGUCCAUGGCACUUGUAUUAAAGAACUCUGUAUACCGUGAUUUGAGGUCAUUAGAUAAGCUGGAGACACAAUAGAGUGUACAUACGUCUGCUGAUUUUGCUGGACCUUUUCAUUUUCUAUUCUACGUCACUUGUACAGAGGGAAG